GAUGAGGUGGUUUAAGCAUAGUUCACCUGCAACUAGUAUAAAUGCAAACCGUCGUUGCACAAAACUGGCAUUAGUUACAUACCUCCGGUUCCGUUGAAGCUUUCAUCAUGAGGUCCUUCCAGAUAUUCAUACUGUGCGUCACGUUAUGCAUCACCAUCUCCGCUCAUCCUACAACCGCGGACGAGGAAGUACAGCACCGUGUUGUUGGUGGUGCCGAUGCAGCGCCAGGUGCCUUCCCGUACCAGGUUUCACUCCAAGGAUUGUUUGGACAUUCGUGUGGAGGUGCGAUCGUUGACCGGCAGUGGGUACUCACAGCAGCGCACUGUGUUCAGUUCUCAGUGCCGAAGGUGAUGAAGGUGCUGGUCGGCACGACGCAACUCAACGCCGGUGGACAACGGUACGGUGUGGAGAAGUUUUUCUCCCACAGUCGCUACAACCAACCGAAAUUCCACAACGACAUCGCACUGGUGAAGUUAAACGCAACGCUCGAGUACGGCGAGUUCGUGCAACCCAUCGCAUACUCCGAGCGGGAGCUGCCGGAAAAUGCAACGCUUAGGAUGACUGGUUGGGGUUUGCUGUCGACGGUCGGGCCCAUCCCUACCAACCUUCAAACGAUUGAAUUGAAGUACGUACCGUACGAGGAAUGUAGGCGGCUGCUCGAAGGCGACGUAGUCGACAUCGGACAUUUGUGUACCUUGACGAAGGAAGGCGAAGGUGUUUGUUUUGGUGAUUCUGGUGGACCGCUUGCUUACGAUGGCAAGCUGGUUGGUGUCGCUAACUUUGCCGUCCCAUGCGCCAAAGGUUUCCCGGACGGGUUUGCCCGCGUGUCAUACUAUCACGAUUGGAUUCGAACGACGAUGGCUAACAAUUCAUAGACGACACACGCUACAUAAUUCUUUCGUUCGCAUCGAUUUUAAUUACUCAUCAGUGUGUGUGUGUGUGUGUGUUUGUUGCUUAAAUAAAGACUUUCUACUAUCUUCACGAUCCUA